ACCCAAAAAUUAUCAAUCACCAGCAGCACCAUCAACGUACAAGCCACCCAACCAUCCAAUGAAACAGACAUAAGACGAGAAAAAAAAAAAAUGGGACCUCCACGAUCAAACACGACCAAAAAGCCCUCUAAAGACCAACACGCCUGCGACAAGAAGGACAAAAAGAAGCCCCAGCAACCCGUUCGACGGGGCAAAUUGCUAUUAACGGAGCCGGCCGAAACCAAUCUCAUCAAUCUGUCGGCUACUAUCCCGGUGACUCUGCAGCAAUUACUGUUGAAUGUGUUCAGGGCUGCUUUGUUAGAUGACACGUAUGUUGGGCCUCGGUCUGCAAAUAAUGCAACCACAGAUCCCAACGAGAGUGUUACUUCUCCAGAGCCACGGGAGUUGGAUAUCAAGACGCUGAUCCAGACUCUCAAGUCCCAUCUUUAUAAUCGGGACUUUGACUCUGCGUUUACGGAUGCAAGCGAGGAGCUCCUGCGGGCUUAUGCGUUGCGGUGGAGCGCCGCUAGGGCCUUGGGGUAUGCGGGUGUUUUCAAGUCCGUGUUGAAGGGUUUGCUUAAGCAGGAUGGUUUGAUUUCUUCUACGGGGUCCAACUAUGUCGUUUGUAUUGGGGGCGGGGCGGGCGCGGAGAUCAUUGCCCUGGCGGCUGCUUGGAGGGACUUGAUAGAUGAGACUGAUCGGGGGGAGAUGCUUUCAGCUGGGGUUGCGGGCGUUUCUCUGGAUGAAUCUGGUGGUCAGGUCUCUACGGACACUGCGUCGAAACCUGCACGCCAUCCCGCCCUCUCGGUGACGGCUGUUGAUAUCGCAGAUUGGUCUGGCGUCGUUGAUCGUUUGACUCAUACCAUCCGGUCUCCUGCUGUGCCGGGGUCCAAGUCUCAUCCAGCGCCUUUGUUGCGUCUUGAGAAAGGUAGGGAUGAGAGGGAAGGCGAGGAUGACGCUGGCUUCGCGGUUAGGUUUAGUCGCUCGGAUGUUCUUUCUAUGUCGGAAGAUGACCUUAGAGAUCUUCUGCACCUUGAGACGCCGGGUAAAGUGUCCAGUAACAGUACCGUCAUGGUGACGCUCAUGUUUACGUUGAAUGAGCUGUUCUCUACUUCUAUGGCGAAGACGACGGCUUUUCUGCUCCGCACAACGGAUCUUUUACAGCCAGGUACUGUGCUUCUGGUGGUGGAUAGUCCUGGAAGUUAUUCGACAUUGAAACUUGGCAAGGGCAAAGCGCAGGAAGGUGCUGGGUCUUCUACUAUACAAGAACGGCAGUAUCCUAUGAAGUUCCUCUUGGAUCAUACGCUUCUCUCUGUUGCGGAGGGGAAGUGGGAGCGGAUCUACUCGCAGGAUUCGCGGUGGUGGAGGAGAGAUGCGUCUAGGGUGGGAUAUGAUGUCGGUGAGGGGUCUGGAUUGGAGGACAUGCGGUAUCAGGUUCAUAUAUAUCGGAGGCUGGCAGCUUAGGGUAGGGUGUUGGAUGGGUUGUACGGAAGGUCGUGUUAGUAAGAAAAGCGGACAUGCUAUUAUGAGACUAGAACUCCUUGAUCCACGGAAUGAUACCAUUACCAUCGUUGUCUGAGGCAGAGCUGCCCGUGCAAGUAACGAAUAUGUGUAGAGAGGAUUGUAUAUGCUAUUGCUACAAGUCGGUC